AUGCUUUUGGAGAAGACAUGUGGGGAAGGCGACGCAAUGUGGCUGGGCAAGGGCGGCAACCCUAAGCACAAUUGGAACCUCACAAUUCUCAUUUUCCAUCGACGGCACACUAACGACUCAUCCACCACAGCGACAAUCACAAUGGGGCGUCUUACUGAGUACCAGGUCAUCGGGCGUCACCUGCCCAACGAGGCGAACCCCACGCCCAAGCUGUACCGCAUGCGUAUCUUUGCGCCCAACACUGUUGUGGCCAAGUCGCGUUUCUGGUACUUCAUGGCCCAGCUCCGUAAGCUCAAGAAGGCCAACGGCGAGAUCGUUUCCCUGAACGUGAUCGAGGAGAAGCGUCCCCUCAAGGUCAAGAACUUCGGUAUCUGGAUCCGCUACGACUCGCGCUCCGGUACCCACAACAUGUACAAGGAGUUCCGUGAGAUGAGCCGCACCGACGCUGUUGAGGCUCUCUACCAGGACAUGGCUGCCCGUCACCGCUCCCGUUUCGGUUCCAUCCACAUCCUCAAGGUUGUUGAGAUCGAGAACAACGACAGCAUCCGCCGCCCCUACAUCAAGCAGCUCCUCCAGAAGGACCUCAAGUUCCCUCUGCCCCACCGUGCCGGUGGCAAGGUCGGCAAGAAGGUCUUCGCCUACUCUCGCCCCUCUACCUUUGCUUAA